UAUAUAUAAAGCAAACUAAGAAUACUCUUGUUUACUUUUUGUAGAAAAGGGGCUAACCUAAAUAUACCCAAAAAAAAGAAGUUAAAAGCUUUGGAAAAAGAUGUCAGGGGCACAAGGUGCACAACCAAAGGAAUCAUUUACAGCAACAACAUAUGAAUCAAUUGUGAAAGAGGAGAAUAGACCAAGAAUGGAUAUUCAUUCUCGUGAAGAUGAAAAAGGGAUUCAAAUUGAUAAGAUUCAAGAUAAAGUAGAUGAUGCUGCUGGAAAAGGUGGUCCUGUUUUCGGAGCCGGUACAGACGACCCCGAUAACAAGGAUUUGGGAGUUACAGGCACCGGAGAGUAAAAACUGCUUAUUACAACUACUACUGUGUUUGUAAAUAGUUUUUUAUUCUUUAGGGUUCUUUGUUUCUAGUUUUCUUGUUUAGUUUGUAACUUGUUAUGUCUCUUUCACGGGUUUUAAUGUUUUUAUUCAAUAAUUAAGAGCCACAAGUUAAAUUAGUUGUGAAACA